CUACCACACCAGCCAGCUCCGCCCUUUAUUUACAAAGCUCCCUUGAUCGACCACCUCUCUUCAGAAAAAAAGAAAAAAAAUUAAACACAAAGCAAAUUCAAUGGGUGGGAUCAAGACUGGUCGAUCAGAAGAUGAAGAAGCUUGCUUGCUAGCCAUGCAAUUAGCAACUGCUACAGUCCUGCCCAUGAUUCUGAAAUCAGCAAUCGAGCUUGACAUAUUAAACACCAUGGCCAAAGCUGGCCCUGGCAACUACUUAACUCCUUCUGAGCUAGCCUCGAAGCUCCCCAGGUCCAACCCUGAUGCCCCAGCUAUGGUUCAACGCAUCCUCCGAGUCCUGGCCACCUACAAGGUUCUUGGUUGCAAGCCAAAUGAUCGUUCCAAUGGUGAAGCUGAGUGGCUCUAUUGCUGGACACCCGUGUGCAAGUUCCUGUCCAAUAAUGAAGACGGUGGUUCUAUGGCACCUCUUUUGCUUGUCAACACCGACAAAGUGGUCAUCGACAGCUGGUACCAUGUAACAGACGCAGUUCUUGAUGGUGGAAUUGCAUUCAACAAAGCCUAUGGGAUGAGUAUAUUUGAUUAUAACAGCCGAGAGCCUCGAUUCAGCAAAGUCUUUAACCAGUGCAUGACUGGUCAUUCUAAUAUAACCUUGAAGAAGAUACUCGAGACUUACAAUGGUUUCGAGGGUCUUUCAUCCAUAGUUGAUGUCGGUGGUGGCUCCGGUGCUACUCUUAAUAUGAUCGUUUCCAAGUACCCUACUAUUAAAGGAAUUAACUUCGACCUACCUCACGUUCUCCGAGACUCUCCCUCUAUUCCUGGUGUGGAACAUGUGGGAGGAGAUAUGUUUACUAGCUUGCCGAAAGGAGAUGCCAUAUUCUUGAAGUGGGUAUGUCAUAAUUGGAACGAUGAAGAUUGCCUGAGGAUCUUGAAAAACUGCCACCAAGCUCUGGCAGACAAUAAGAAGCUGAUCAUAGCCGAAUUCAUUCUUCCUGAGGUGCCGGGUGGAAGCGACGAUGCAACCAAGGGGGUGGUUCAUAUGGAUUCUAUAAUGAUGGCACAUGUUCCGGGUGGAAAAGAGAGGUCGGAGAAAGAGUUUGAGGCCAUGGCUACUCAAGCGGGAUUUAAAAGUUUCAGGAAGGUGUGCUGUGUUUUCAAUACUUGGAUUAUGGAACUUACCAAGUAGAGCUACAGCACGCGCUGUGUUUCAAAGUGUUUUAUAUAUGUAUGUCGUAGCUUCUCUUUUGAAGUUACAGUUGUCAGUUAGACAUGUACAAUAAGGGCCGCAAUCCCAUGUCUGUAAUGCACCCUGCUACGUGAUAUAUAUUGCCCAAAAAUUUACUUCAGUGGUGUGAAAUAAACUUAUUUCAAAGUCUAGUCAAAAUAUGUUAUGUUCUCAACUCCCUGUUUGAAUAACACUUUUGAUUGUUCUAAA